AAAAAAUCAAACCAAGAAAAAAGAAAAAAAGAAAAAAAAGAAUAAUGUUGCUGAGGAGCUCUUCAACCCCGAUCCUCGGCACUCUCCUCUCUUCAUCAUCCUCAAACGAAAGCCCUAAUCAUCAUCAUCACGGCCCUUUAGACAAAGCCACAUCUCUCCCUUCUUCUUCAUUCUCUCACCCACCCAAGCCCUCAUUCUCUUUCCAUUCCUCUCCAAAUCAAGACCCAUCAACCCUCGGAUUCCGUCGAGCUCAAUCCGAUGGAAACCUCCACUCCCUCCUCUCCUCAGAUCACAAAUCCAACCCAGCUCUCGACACCAUCCCUUCGUUUUCAAUGUACAGCUCAAUAGGGCAAGAAGAAUGUUGCGAUGAGGAGGAGGAAGAAGAAGAUCAAUUUGAUGAAGAGGGGGCCAGUGCGGGCUUUAGUUUCGUGGGUCAGAGUCAAAAUUUGAACUUGGUUGGGGAUUCGAGGGAUAAUGUGGGUUCGUCGUCGGCGCUUCCUCUGUUUCUCGCUCGGGGACUUGGGAUCGAUCGGCUCGGAUCGGGGCUUUUGAGUGCUGGAGGAGGAGGAGGAGGGAGAGGCAAUGGGAGUGUUAGUAAUGGUUAUGGAGGAGGGGGAUCUGAUAUAGAGGUGUAUUAUAAGAGGAUGGUUGAUGAGAACCCGAGUAAUGCUCUGUUUUUGAGCAAUUACGCCCAAUUUCUCUACCAGACUAAGGGAGAUGCACAAAGAGCUGAAGAGUACUAUUCUCGUGCCAUUCUUGCAGAGCCAGGAGACGGUGAAAUCUUAUCCCAAUAUGCAAAACUAGUAUGGGAGCUUCAUCGUGAUAUAGAACGUGCUUCUAGCUAUUUUGAGCAGGCAGUUCGAGCUAGUCCUAGUGACAGCAGCCAUGUUCUUGGAGCCUAUGCUAGUUUCUUAUGGGAAACAGAGGAUAAUGGUGGAGAUGGAGAAGAUGUUGAUUCUCAAGAAUACUUGGGAGCUCCAGUACUUCGUGAAGUCUUGGCUUAAAUAUUGGGAUCCCAAAUAUGAACAUCAGCUAACAUGUUGGUUAUGUUUUUGCAACUAAGAGAAAUCUUGAAGAGGAUUUUCAAGCGGCAGCAGAAGCUUCUACGCUAAGUGGAAAUUAAGGAAGUAUGUCAGGAUUUUGAUGCAGGGUUACGUAAAUGUGUAUUUUUACUUAUAAUAAAUAAUCAGGCUAGCCUUAUGUAUUCGAAGUAGUAAACGCAGAAGCAAAGAAGUCCCUGCAAGUUUUCCUUGCUCAAGCUUUUCAUGUUUGCAAACUAUGUUGUUGUUUGGUU